AUGAGUCAAUAUAUUGCUGUUGAAAUAUUCCAAAAGUCUGCCCCAAGCCCAAUACGCAAGCUCCAGAAGAAGUAUGCUGCUCAUGUUUCCAGGGAGGCUUGCAUCUCUCCGUGUGCCAUGAUGCUGGCUCUAGUUUACAUAGAAAGGCUCCGACAUCGAAACCCUGAGUACCUCCAAAAGAUCUCCUCCUCUGACCUCUUCCUGAUCUCCAUGAUGGUUGCCAGCAAGUACCUGUAUGACGAAGGAGAGGAAGAAGAGGUUUUCAACGAUGAGUGGGGAGCAGCUGGCAAGUUGGACGUCAAAACCGUCAAUAACCUGGAGAUGAACUUCCUGAAUGCCAUUGAGUGGAGCCUCUUCACAGAGCCAAAUGACUUAUUUGAUAUACUAAGUCAACUGGAAACCAGCAUUGCAGAGCGGCAGGGGAUGAAACGCGGCUGGUUCACCUACACUGACUUCUGUGUGCUUCUCGAGCAAUCGGCGUGGAGUCAGGCCCUCACAGCCAUCUACCAGCACUUUACUAAGGUAUCCUGUAUGCUCGGCCUGGUGUAUCUGACCAGUGUGGCUGGCCUUAUUGCCACCAGCGCUGUGCUGCACCAGCUCAGUCUCUCCAGAAGCGGUCAGACCCUGCUCCCACCUCCAGCUGAGAUUAGCCCGGACCUUCAGACCUCCAACCUGAAUGCUGAAGCUCCUUCUGAAGCCCCGCGCAUCGCCUGUUGCAUUCUUUCCAACAAUAGUCUGAACCGUCAGACCGAUGCACUUGGAAUCGGCCAGGACCACGUAGAAAGCCCCCCAUCGGCUUCCUCACAGACCUCAAUAUUGUGCCUCUGGGGCUCCCUCCUUGCCUCAAUGGGUCACAUACAUCCUGAAACUGAUUCUGAUGUGGAAGCACCCCAAACCUGGUCUCCGGUCUCCUUCUUCUGUCCUGGCUGUCUUGCAUCCCUCCCUCCUCUUCAGUGCGGGCUUAGAAACACCUCAACAGUCUUUGCUCAUGGCCCCAACGAUAACCACCAACGUCAUGCACCGUGGCUGGCCUCCAGCCUCCUUGGAGGGGCGGCGCCAAGUCUGAACUCUCGCCUGAACUCUCGCCUGAACUCUCGCCUGAACUCUCGCCUGGAUGUGUUUCCCCCAAUACAGCUGGGACCCUGCCACCCAAAGACCAUGUUACCCGUUGACAAAGCCCAAGCUCUGCUCAUGCCCGGCUAGCGACUGGCAGACUCCACUGCUGUCAACCUGUACUAAUGGACUCUGGAAAUGAAACCAGCAUUAUUGCCAUGGCUCAUCAUCUGCUUAAAGUCAUGUUUUGUUUACUUUUCCAGAUCUGGAAUACAGGAGCACAGACAGAGUGAGAAUAGGACAACACGGUAGAGGGUGGAAAUUCACUUAUCGCUCAGCACUGCAGAACAAAUUUGCCAUGAAUAAAAUGCCAUAGUCAAUGCGCUGCAUCUUGUUUUAAACACAGAGAAUAUCACAAGGAAUUUAAAGAUAGUUUGAUAUGUUUUCUUGGCUGCAACACAAGUGUUUUGCUACCAGCAUUUACUCUUUGAAAGUUCAGACCCGUCAGGUGGUGAUGUAGGGCCUUUUUGUGAUGAGCCUGUUUUGAGUUAUAGAGCUUUAAUAUUAAAGCUGCUUGCUACUUGGCAAGUUGAUGAAAGUG